UUAAAUUCAGUAUUCGCGCGGUAAACUGCGCGGGUGGACGUACGUUUGUCGGUCAUGCGAGAGUCGGCUAGCAGGAUGGCCGAACUCGAAUUCGAGGCGCCGCUUGCCCAAAUCGAAGACGCAGAUGAUUGUCUUUCUACUGCCGACUUUCCGCAGAAGACCAUCAACGGCAAUGACAUACGGCUUAACAAUAUUAAGAAUCUCAAAAGUGGAAUUGUCAAAAUGAAAACUGACUCCAACAAAAUAAACGAUAAUGACGAACCCAAACCGGUGAAGUGUAAACAGGAUACUCUGCAAAACGGCGAAGGAGAUAAUUUCACUGAGACUUUCUCUGGCUCUCUGGAAGAUUUAGUUAACACCUUCGACGAGAAAAUAACAAAAUGCUUCGGAAAUUAUGAGGAAAGUGUGGAAAAACUGGCGCCGGUGCAGGUUCGCUCGCAGGAGGAAAUUAUGAACGAGUGCCAGAUGUGGUGGACUAUUACUGGGAAUUUCGGGAACAUCCUGCCGAUAGAUUGGACCAAGUCCUUUUCACGGAAAAUGCACAUUCCAACAUUAAAUCUAAGUGAUAAGAAGAGCACCAUGACCCCGGACGAUGAGAUCCAUAGCUCCGAAGAUGAGGCAGUAGCUUCAGAUCUGGACAUGCACGCGCUUAUCUUGGGCGGCCUGCAUCAGGACCAUGAGUGUCCCGUUAAAACUGCUGAUGAGGUGAUCCAAGAAAUAGAUGAUAUGAUGCAAGAUACUCCGUCAUCUGAGGGAGACAAUAUAAUCGAGUACAACGAAGCUUUGGAAAAGGGGAAAGAAGUUCUCAACUCUCCUCUUUAUGAAGACAAACUCCGUCAUCUCUCCCUCGCUCAACUCAACGAGAUAUUCAUGGAACUAGAGGUGCUUAUUCGUGAAUUCUCCGAAACUCUAAUAGCGGAGCUGGCCCAUCGGGAUGAGCUAGAGUACGAGAAAGAGCUGAAGAACACGUUCAUUUCACUUCUGCUGGCCGUACAGAACAAGCGGAGACAGUACCACGUCGAGAAGAAGAAGAGGAUUGGCCCGCAACGAUCGCCUGCUCCGGGAAUCAACUCUGAAUCGAAGUAUCUGACUACCGUCAUACCGUUCCACCUACACAAUGGACCACCGGACAACCAGUCUCUCCAAGUGCUCAUUAAGAUUCUGAAGGCAAUAAACGAAGACAGCCCCACAGUCCCCACACUGCUCACUGAUUAUAUUCUCAAAGUUUUGUGCCCGACUUAAUCGAUUAAUUAGUUUAAAAAAUAAUUUUAUUUAAAAUACUUUAAGCGAGAGUCUUGAUUAUUGUUUUACUUCGUGUAAAAAAACUAGCCGAAUGUUUCAUGAUAUUAAUCAAAUGCCUUAAAUUGUAUAAAAACCUUGAAUUGUAUGGAUAUUAUUUUUCUUAUAUUUUAUUAUUUAUAUAAAUUUUAUCUCAUGGUUUAAAAAUUCAAAUAGUCACGCUGUAGUGCAACCAACUCACAAAAAAGAGAAUACACCACCAAAUAUUUUUAAGCAUGGCAACUCCAGGUUAACUAUGAGGCGCUACAUGGCAACACUUCAACAGCUGUCAGUGUAAUGUCAUGCGUUUGAAUGCCAUAUUACGCGUUAUUUGGAAUCAUUUUAUAUUUCUACUUUUUUGCAUAAAUGAACUGUGAUAUUGUAUGUUAAUUUAAUUAAUGCUUCCUUUUUAGAAUUUAAUCUAUUUAAGUUGAAUCAUUAUUUAUUAUGUUUCCGUCAUUGAAUUGUACAUAAACAGUAAUGGAAUUGUGAAGUGAAAAUUAAUUAAAAUGGUGCGAAGAGGCUUGUAAAUAAAUAGUUUUUGUAGAUAUAGCUAAAUAUGUGUUCUACACCUUUCUCUAAUGCGACACAAAAUGGCCGAAUUCUAUACGAAUACAAAAAGGAAUAAACAACUAGAUGUUGCAACGGAAAUGUCAAACUUAUUCUGUGUUGUAUAAACAUGUCAAUAAAAUAUACAAUCUGUGGCCCAGAUCUAAAUAGGGUUGUUGCGCCAUUACAUUAGUUAUUUUACAGUUCCUCUACAGAAAUUAAGGCAAAUAUUGAAAUAAAAUGCUGUUUUAAGAAUGCUAAAUAACACCGUAGAAUAGCGAUGUUGGCUGGCGCACCAAUAUUUCUAUAAAAACACUCAACACUAGCUUGGAAAGAAGGUAUACCUUAGAUCGAUCUCAAUCUAAAGGUUGAUCACCUACUUGCCUAUUAAGAUAUAGAAAUCUGACGGCAAGACUUGAGGUAGGUGUUUAACUUACUCGUACUCUAAUGGGAAUUCUGUAUGACCCUAUUUGAGGCAUUCAACCUGCUUGAAACAAAAAUUAUUAAAAAAAACUAAUACCCUACCUAUAUAGGAACCUAUAUAGGGUUGUAGCUCCCGGAUUAUUCCUAAUUACGUAUAGAAAUUCAGCCAUUUAUUUUUUUAUUCAAUAAAAAUGCUAUCUGCUAUUGUAUGAAUUUAAAUAAUCUCAUUAAUAAAGUUUGUGUGCCUGUUUGGCCAGUUUUAUUGUAAGUUUUGAAAGCUGUUAAAAAUUAAAAAAAAUAGGUUCUAUGCUUAUAUCUAGUCUCAACAGUUUUUAGUAAUAAUUUUGUUUAUGUUUCUGUACUUUGCUAAUAAAUGUAUUAUGUAUUUAAUUUUAAUAAUUUUAAAUAUAUCAGCAAAGUAUAGAAUAUGAAAUAAUAUACGUCGUAAGUUUUAAGAAUGUGAACUUUUUCAUUUAAACAUUUUAGGAGAGCUUUGUCGCACACUUGAACUAGUAGCCAACACCAAUUGUUGUCUGUAAUCUAUGGAAUGACCGAAAUAAAUGUCUUAUAUAAC